CAAUCAAAUACAUUUUGACAAGUAUCAAAAAGCAAAACACAAAAUGGGAGCUCGAACAAAAACGGGAAAAUUCGCAGUCGGAUUUACAUUGCUUGGCUUUAUUUUUAUCCUCACGUCGAUGGCUUCACCAUAUUGGCUAGUCACUGACGGAGUAUUAUCAAAUCCAAAGUUUACGAAUCUAGGACUUUGGGAAGUUUGUUUCAACAAGUUUCGAGACAUCAAUAGAUGGUAUCUAACAGAGUUUGACGGUUGUAUGUGGGUCUUUGAGGAAGAAUAUUACAUUAUUCAUGAUUAUUUGCUGCCCAGCUUCUACAUUGCAACUCAGUUUUUUUUCACGCUGUGCUUUACUCUAUUACUUCUUGGUAGCUUCAUGACGUUAAUGUUUCUCGGAUGCUCUCGAGAUAAUGAUAGAUACAUCUUACUCUUACUAUCAAAUGGUGCCACUUUGGUAACUUCUGGUUUAUGUGGGUUUAUUGCAUGUGUAAUCUUUGGAUGCUACGGUGACUCCAGAGAUUGGAUGCCGAACUGGGAACAUAAUAAUAUGGGAUGGGCCUUUGCUUUUGGAGUCGUCGGUUCAUUUUUACUUUUUCCAGCUGGUGUACUUUUCCUUGUUGAAGGUCGAAGAGCAAAAUAUAGACAAUUGAACGAAAUCGGAAACCGAAGAAUCGGUGAUUACAAUAUGGAAACAACAAAGUCAUAUAAUGCUGGUCAUACCGAUAUUUGAAAAUGAAUAUAAGAUAUAGGAACUCACAAAGUGCUUCUUCUUUGCAUGACUACAAUAUUUUUUUUAAAGUACAUUCCACAUCGUUAGGAAAACUGAUAAAGAUAUGGUUUAAGACCUGAAUGAACAAUCCAAUCCGUCCAAAAAAAUGGAGGUUAUCAUCAUAUUCUAAAUUGUGUAUUUUUUAUUCUAGUAAUUAAUAAAUAAAAAAAAUAUAUUCAUAUAUA